AAAUACUUGAUUGAGUCUGAACAUAUUUACCGUGAAAAUACAAAAAACAUUGUGAUUUCAGCGCGUGCGAUCGUGCGUCUGGCGUUGGAUGAAAACAUUCAGUCAAAAUGAGGACAACACUAUUGCUAGUCGCACUAGCGGUGUGCAUCACUAGCGCUUGCUCGUACAAAGUGUUGUGUAUAUUCGCGGCGCCAUCGAAAAGUUCUGAUCAUUUGGGACAAGGGUUUGUGAGGGCUCUACUGAAGGCUGGUCAUCAGGUGACAUGGGCGACCCCAUUUCCAGAGAAGAAGGAUCCUCAUCCAAACCUGGACCUCAUAGACUUGAAGGAGACGAGAAAAUUGACUGAAGGAGUGGACAUGUCCCGACAACAGAACGGUGGCCUGUCCUUCAUCAGGGCAUUCGCUCGCAACAUCUCCCGGACGGCAGCUGACUCCCCCGAGCUGAAGCGAGCGCUGGUAGAGAAACAGUACGAUGCCAUCAUCUCAAUGUGGUUCAUGAACGAAUAUGAGGCGGGUUACGCAGCUGUUCAGCAAGUACCCUGGCUGCUCCUCAGCUCGGUGGUGAUCCACCCUUAUCUCGAAGGCAUGGUAGACCAGGUCCACUCCAUCCCCACUAUUCCCUUCAUGGUGAACGAGUGUGAUCUCCCCAUGAGUGCCUGGAGACGAUGGAUCAAUGGACUCAUCUAUAUGAUCAUGACUGUUGAUGGCUGGUUCGACAAACCCCGUCAGGCAGUCAUCUACGAGGACAUCUACGCCCCUUUAGCGGCCGCGCGCGGGGUUCCCCUCCCCUCUUACUAUGAUGCUGUGAAGAACGUCUCCUUCCUCUUUGUGAACUCCCACGAGUCCAUCGCGCCAGCCCUCAGUCUGCCGCCCAAUGUACUGAAUAUUGCCGGUUACCAUAUUGAUGAUAACCUUCCACCACUUCCCAAGGACUUACAAGACCUCUUAGACAACUCCAAAAACGGCUUGAUAUACUUCAGCAUGGGGUCCGUGGUCCAGUCAGCAGGUAUCGAGGAGAGCACCCGCGCUGGUCUCCUGGAGAUCUUCGCAAAGUUGCCUUAUACUGUCUUGUGGAAGUUCGAGAAGACGCUGAAGGAUCUGCCGCCGAAUGUUCACGUUAGACCUUGGCUGCCACAGCCUAGUAUACUUGCACAUCCAAACCUCCGCCUCUUCAUAACCCAUGGAGGCCAGCUCAGCUGUUUGGAAGCCAUCCAUGCCGGAGUCCCGAUGCUGGCUGUACCGGUCUUCGGAGACCAGCCGGCUAACGCAGAGAGAGCGGUGAAACUUGGUUACGCGCUCAAAGUAGACUUCCACAAUAACUUAGUCAAAGAUCUGGAUCUGAAGCUUAAUGAGAUGCUUAGGAACGACACGUACUAUAAAAAUGCAAAAUACCUGUCAAAGAUGUUUCACUCGAGACCAACGAAGCCAUCGCAACUGAUUCCGUAUGCCGUGGAACUUGCGAUCGAAACCAAAGGGGCUUUCCACCUUCGGUCGAAGACACUUCAGUACAGUUGGUACGAGCUCUGGAUGAUAGAUUUUGUGCUUAUUCUGCUGACCAUUGUCACAUUAGUUUUGCUGCUGCUGAGGCUAAUAUUAAGAUUUGUCUUAAGUAAAUGUAGAGGGGCAACGAAUGUAGCUAAGAAGAACAAUUAGAAGCUUUAAACACGUUACAAUUAAAGUGUUGUCAACCACUGACUAUAAGCUAGAUUAAUGAGAUACCCAGAGAAAA